UCUUUGUCUUUUUCUCUCAGUAAGGACAAGGUGAGGUUAGCAGAAGGGACAGCAGUGGUUCAAGACCCGAGAGAACCUGCCAAACUUGGAGUCGGCUUCUCGUAUUUUGCUCCCUACAGCCCCUACUGGAUUCUGACCACCGACUACGCCAGCCUGUCCGUUGUGUAUUCUUGCACGGAAAUCCUCCGACUGUUCCAUGUCGAAUACGCCUGGAUCCUCAGCCGGACACGCUUCCCACCUACAGAGACCGUGAACUACGGCAGACAGCUCCUGCUCAACGAAGGUAUCGACCUGUUUAGGAUGAAGGCCACAGAUCAGACGGGCUGCAAGGAUAACUAGGGAUUCGUGAAGACUUUACUGAUGGGGCAAACAUACUGGAGUCCAAAUGUUAACGCUGGGGUGGGCAAUGUUGGAGAAACUAGCAAGAGACAGCCACUUCUUGAAGGUAGCCAACUGAAGAAAUCCCAAACCCCCUCCCUUCAGGCCUCCGUGCAAAGCCACUCCACUAAAACACAUAACAGCAUGCUGAUCACAGUCCUGCGACAAAUACCGAAUGUUUAAUAAUUUUUUAUGUCAGAACAUUUAUUGAUUGCUGUCUGGAUGUUAAGAGAAUUUGAAAAAAAUUAACAACAAAUGCUUCUGAAAUAAAUUGCCCACCCCAGCUUUAAAAUUAAAUACACAAUCUCCUCAUCACCGGUGUCUUUAAUUUUAAAAUCCCAUGUAUCUGCAUCUCACUGUUGCUGCCUUGUUCAUUUUUCUUUUUGCAUUUCAAAGAUGCUGAAAAAGAAAUUAUGUAAGAAAAAAAUCAAUUUAAAAAGUGAAGUAAAAUUGUAUUGUACCUUGUAUUUUUCAAACUGUCCCUCAUAUUCCUGACAAAACCCGUUGAAUCUAUAUGUUACAGCAAUGAAUAUAUUGUAAUAAUUUAAUUCUGUUUUAACCAAGAAGUUAAGUGUGUAAACUGCAUUUUAAUAUUCUAGUAAGACAUGUUACAAUUUUGCAAUGAAACAAACACACGCAGAAAACACGAGAGUGAGUUCUAUGUUUAUUAAAGUUACUCAUGAAGCAGA